GGUGUCAGCGGGCCCCUGAGGGACACACGGGCGCCUCACAUGUGUGGGGAAUACAGUGAAGGAAAUGGGGGUAAAAGGUAACCGGAAACCUCCGGCUGGGGGCGACACCGACGAGGGUCUCUGCUGCUGUGAAUACAUCAACCGGCGGGGGGAGCGAAGCCACCUGGCCGCCUGUCUGUGUGACUGCGAGGACCUGGACCGAGCCUGCGACAGGUGGAUUACCUGCAAGUCUCUCGAGCCGGAGGUGUUGGCGCGAGCGGUGGAGACGGCGUCGGACCGGUUCCGGGUCCCGUGGAUCCGCGGUGCCCGUAGAGUUGAUGUCAGCGUGGUCCCGCCGUUGGUGCUGCUGCCUGUUUGCCUCCACAUUGCCGCCCUCCACGCCGCGCUGGGGCUGGUGGUCCUGACCUCGCUGCCGGUGCUGGUGCUCUGGUAUUACCGCCUGACACACCGGCGCAAGGGGAAGAGCCUGCUGUUCCUGAGCCUGGCGCUCUUCUCUCUGGGGUACAUGUACAAUAACUUCAUGCGCGACGUCUACCUGCAGGGCCUCGUCGGGACGGCGCAUUUCACGCUCAUCACGUGCGGGGUCCUGCUCACCGUAUUCUUCUUGGCUAAAGCCAAGCAGGACCCCGGCUACCUCGCCAAGCCCACCGGGCCGACGCCGGAGGCUGCCGGUGAAUUUGCCAACGGCGCCUGGACGAGCGGGGCAGGGAAGGAGGGCAUCGACGGCGAGGAGAAGGGGAUUGCCGGAAAGAAGUGGUGCGACGUCUGCCGGGUGGUGAAGCCCCCGCGCAGCGGCCAUUGCCGGAUCUGCGGGUGUUGCGUCCGGCGGUUGGAUCAUCACUGCGUGUGGAUCGAUAACUGCAUCGGGGAGCGGAACCACGCGGCCUUCCUCCUGCUGCUCGCGCUCUUCACCUCCACGUCUGUGUUUGGGAUCGCGGUAACGCUGAGAGCCACCUGCAGGGGGCAGAGUAUCUUAACAGCCCUGAUAUACUGCCCGGGGGUGUAUGCACAAUACAGCACUUCCUUCACGUUCACCUGCGUCUGGUACUGCGCCAUCGUCACGGCGGGAACCGGCUACAUCCUCCUCCUUCAGCUCAUCAACAUCAGCUACAACGCCACGGAGCGGGAGGCGCGGAUCGCCCUGCGGCGCAAGACGGGGCGCUGCCUCCUCGGGGGUCUCAUCGUGGACCCCGUGCUUUAUAACCAAGGCUUCGUCCAGAACUGGGCGCACUUCCUGACCAUGGGCUCCCCGGCCGCCCGGCGCGAUGUGACCGACCUUGUGUGAAAGGGUUAAUAGUGUGCAACACCUCCCAAGUGCCUUAAUUCACCUGGGAUAUGGCUCUGCCAGUCCUGCGCCUCCUAGCCAGGUAUACUCGGCACUUUACUGGCACACAACUAUCAGGGAAGGUUUCGGUAAGGGGUUCGAACGGCCUUUACCCCGCGUAACGGAACCUGUCUGGCCUUUAACCCUUUAAAGACUA